UCUUAUAAAAUCUCCCUCACACACAGAGCAAGGCGUCCUGGUCUUCCUCCCUCUAUCGUAUCACUAAUCGUAAACUGGAAAAAAUCUAACCAGAAAGACUGGUUCAUUGUAUGAUCUGAAUCUCUCAUAUCCGUUUUAAUGGCAGCUUCUAGAAAGGAAAUGGAUCGGAUCAAGGGUCCAUGGAGCCCAGAAGAGGACGACGCCUUACAGAGGCUGGUGGAGAAGCACGGCGCGAGAAACUGGUCUCUUAUCAGCAAGUCGAUUCCCGGCCGGUCAGGCAAGUCGUGCAGGCUGCGGUGGUGCAACCAGCUCUCACCUCAGGUCGAGCACCGGGCCUUCACUGCGGAGGAGGACGAGACUAUAAUCCGAACCCACGCUCGAUUCGGUAACAAGUGGGCCACCAUCGCUCGCCUUCUUAAUGGCCGCACCGAUAACGCGAUCAAGAACCACUGGAACUCGACUCUAAAGCGCAAGUGUGGUUCGAUGAUGGAAGGUGAUAACUACUGUAAUAGUGAGGGGUAUGAAGUUAAUUUGAACAACUGCCAACCUUUGAAGCGAUCGGUGAGUGCGGGUUCCGGUGGUGUGCCUGUCUCCACUGGUCUGUAUAUGAAUCCUGGGAGUCCAUCUGGAUCCGAUGUGAGCGAUUCUAGCGUUCAUGUCUUGUCAUCUUCUCAUAUAUACAGACCGGUGGCUAGAACCGGCGGUAUCUUGCCUCCUGUGGAGACGACGUCGUCGUCUAAUAACAAUGAUCCACCUACCUCACUGAGUUUAUCACUUCCCGGUGCCGAUUCAAAUGAGAUUUCAAAUCGCGCUACUUCAGAGCCAAUUCAGACUCAAACUCAUGUGGCUAACACUAAUACCACUGCACCGCUGGUCACGGUGAUGAAACCUUGUCUAGCACCACAUCCGGCGGCGGGGAUGGGGUUUGCGGGGUUGAGUACGGAGUUGAUGGCGGUGAUGCAGGAGAUGAUAAGGAGGGAGGUUAGGAGUUACAUGAUGGAGCAGAGUGGUGGAAUGUGCAUGCAAGCUGCUGCUGGAGAGGGAUUUAGGAAUGCAGCGGUGAAUCGGGUUGGAGUAAACAAGAUCGAUUAAUGAGUCCGAGUCAACUGAGUUGAGAAGAGUUAACUGAACAGUGUUAAUGAGAAUUAGAGGGAGAGAGGAAACUGAGCUGUUGUUUCACCCUUUGUUUAUUUUGGCUUUAGCGUCGUAGAGAAUAAUUUUGGGUUCGUGUACAGAGAGAUGGACAGAUGAGGUAAGAACAGCCCCAACUGGGACUGAGUUGGAUCUACAGAAGAAGAUGUCACGAGUCAUGACCAUGGGAAAAAGAUCCAGAAAACGCCUUUUGUGACCUUGUUAUUCAGUUUUAGGGAACUAGACAUGGCAUUAUGAGAAACAAAUUGAACCUACAAAGUUCGCAAAAAGUGAAUUAAAAUUUCAAUUCCAGGCCUCAUGGUGCUUUUGUUUCUU